UGGUUGUUAGUGUUGUUGGAGCUACUAGUCCCCAGCCACACGACCUCGCCCGCAGGUGGACACCAGGAAACUCUUAUUUUGUAACUAUCACCCAGAACUAUCAGGUACUGAGAUAAAGCAGAAAGGUGCCCACAGUAAAUCAUGAAGUCUAUGUAUCUGCUGGCGCUGCUGUUCUUCUGUGUCUACCUGGUGAAGGUGGAGAGCGCCGAGAUUGACUCUGGGGCUGCAGUGCCGGACAACACCGUGGGAACAGAUGAACAAAGUGGAAGCGACACUGCACCUGACGAAUCUGCCUUGAAUGAGAGAGCUGCAUGUAGCAUUCGUGAACACUGCGAACACGCAGGAGGAAUCUGCAAGAAGCUGUGUAGUGUGCAGAAUGAGAUAGAAAUAGCGAACGGCUGCUACGGGAGAGGCUGCAUGUGCUGUGCUCCUCACCCACAGACAUGCAGAAAAACCACGGCAUGUUGGCAAGCCAAUGGAGUAUGUCAACAAACAAAGUGCAGCACCUCCCAGCAGGAGAUUCCCAGUGGUUGCCAUGGUACCAACUGCUACUGCUGUGCCCCUCCAACUAUUGCAAGAUAUGAUCAGUUAGACCAGGUGCUGGUGCCGGGAAUCGAAAACGUUCAUACUGUCCCAUUAAACCGAUGUCCCACAUGGCAGACUGAUGAUGAUAAGAAUGAAGCAGAUCAUGAAAAUAUAAGCAUUAAUAUUCCAAACUUUUGCCGUCUCCAUCACGUUUCGUCUCGUCGGAAAGGACAAGAGAAACCAAACUUCAAGAAAGGAGAGCUACACAGGGAUGAGGAAGCUCCUGAAUGA